GCGGCGGGGGGACUCGGAGCCAUCGCGGUUGCGCGGGGCGAGAGCGGCGCGUCCCGGCCGCGGCUGCCGGGAGCACACUGAUAAGAUUGCACAGCUUGUGAUCCUACACUGUCAUUUGAGUUCAGCAUCGGCUGCCUUUUUUCUGGUCCCUGCAAGAUGCCAGCAGCCCUUGCAGAGAACAGCCAGGUUAUCUGUGAAGUAUGGGCCAGCAACCUGGAGGAAGAGAUGAGGAAAAUUCGGGAGAUCGUUCUGAGUUACAGCUACAUUGCAAUGGACACGGAGUUCCCCGGAGUUGUGGUCAGGCCGAUCGGUGAAUUCCGCAGCUCCAUUGAUUACCAGUACCAGCUCCUUCGCUGUAACGUUGACCUGCUGAAAAUUAUCCAGCUGGGCCUGACUUUCACAAAUGAGAAGGGGGAAUAUCCUUCUGGCAUCAACACCUGGCAGUUCAACUUCAAAUUCAACCUUACGGAAGACAUGUACUCUCAGGAUUCCAUAGACCUCCUUGCCAGCUCUGGGCUGCAAUUCCAGAAGCAUGAAGAGGAAGGGAUUGAUACACUGCAUUUUGCUGAGUUGCUGAUGACGUCUGGGGUUGUGCUCAGUGACAGCGUGAAAUGGCUGUCCUUCCACAGUGGUUAUGACUUUGGCUACAUGGUGAAGUUGUUGACAGAUUCCAGGUUACCAGAAGAGGAACAUGAAUUUUUCCAUAUCUUAAACCUUUUCUUCCCAUCUAUCUAUGAUGUGAAGUACUUAAUGAAGAGCUGCAAAAACCUCAAGGGUGGCCUUCAGGAGGUGGCAGAUCAGCUGGAUUUGCAACGAAUUGGACGACAACACCAGGCAGGAUCAGACUCUCUUCUCACAGGAAUGGCAUUUUUCAGAAUGAAAGAGCUAUUUUUUGAGGAUACAAUUGAUGAUGCAAAGUAUUGCGGACGACUGUAUGGCCUUGGCACAGGAGUGGCUCAGAAACAAAAUGAAGAUGUGGACUCAGCCCAAGAGAAAAUGAGCAUUUUGGCCAUUAUCAACAACAUGCAGCCAUGAUGAGCGGUGCCCCUCAGCAGAACAUGUUUACCAUAUUGGCAGCUGCUGUCCUCAACCAUUUUCCCUAAACAGUGUCUCAAACAAAAAGCAUCUCCAGUACACAGGCUGCACCAAGCCUUGCAGUUUUGCUGAAGAACUGCAUUUUCCUUUGAAACCGAGAAGAGUUGACUGAAUUCCUAAUGCCAGCAUUUGUGGUUUGCCAUAUUUUUAAUACCAAGGGCAAAGGACAGAAUCUACUGUGUAUACCUCUGUUUUUUUCCUCUUUAUACUGUACAGAAUCUGCAAGGAAGAUUUAGCAGUAGAAUGUUGGGUAGAGCUGAGGGCUGGGAAAUGCAGUGAAGAUGGACACAGACACGCACGCAAAUUUGCAAUUUGUGUUUUAUAAAGCUUAUUUUAAAACUUCUGCAUGUUGUGAGGGUGACAGCUUCACCUCAUGUGUUGCUUAUUUUAUCUGUCUGUGGAAAUUGCUCCCUUUGAUCACUGCAGAGGUGUGGGAAUGGAUGACAUUAAAAAUGAUCCUUGCAGCUAAAAAUAUUCAGAGAUUUGCUUUAACAACAGAGGGAAUGGAGAUGAAUGGGGCUGAUUUGAUCAGCACUCCUUAGUUUCUGAUUCUCUUUGUUACUGCUUUGACCCAUACUAAGCCUCAGCUUUGUUCAUACGGGUAUUAAGGAACUGUUCUGGAAAUUCAGAGGCCCAAAAGUUCACCUUUGACAGGAGAUUGGACCAAUAGUCUGACUUCAGUUUCCAUCCUAAACCUACAAAUUUUAUUCUUCUCCUGCAACACAACAAGGUCAGCAUGGACAAAUAUUUGUUCCUCUUUUCCCCCCUGCUUCUCCAGCCCCUAAUUUUUACACUAUGCUUAAGAGGCAAAACAAAGUUUCUGAUUUUUUUUCUGAGUUUCUGGGUUUUUUUAAUUAUAAAACUCCUGAGAAGUAGUUAAGAGGAUGAAGAACUUGAGAUUCUGACUUUGAAACACAUUCUAUAGUGUUUUUUUUCAACAGCUCUGUAAUGACAUUUCUUAAAAGAACAACCCCUUCUGGACAUGUCAAACUUAAAAAUUUUUAAGACUUUGUCUGGCAUUUUGAACAAGCUUAAUCCAAUAUUAAAGAGUUGAGGUUUAGAGCUGGUAUUUGAAAUGUUUGUAAAGACUAGUUUUUAUUUUUUGUAAAAUAAAAUUUUUUAAACCAGGCUUCGUUUUGGAUUUUC